UUUCAAUGGACGCCUUUGACUUGUUCAGAAAACUUGGAGCUGGAGCAAAGUUUGAUCUGAAAAAGUUUGCUAAAGAUGCGGAGCGAUUUAAGGUAGUGAAAUCACAGCGCAAAGAUACCUCAAAUCAGCUGGCUGGUAUCAGUUUCUUUGGCACAGAGAGACAUGAGAGCGCAUCUCUGGAGUCCAGGCUCAAUGAGGAAGAGGAGGAAGGAGAAGAUGAAGACGAUGAUGAUGAUGCUGCACUGGAGGAAGAGGGAGGUGAUGGAGAGCAGGUCUCUGAUAAACGGAAACGGUCUAAAGUGGAUGAGCCAGUGAAAGCAGCACGCAAGAAAAGGAAAGGUGAUAAAAAGAAACCUGAAGAGCAUGAGACCAACAGUGGUGGAGAGCAAGAGGGAGUGGGGAUCCAAUGGAUGUCAUCACAAGACAAGGCAAAGGAUCCCAAGACUAAAGACAAAGAGUCCAAAGGCAAGCCCUCAGUGAAAAGACUAAAGCAACUUCAUAAGGAGAAGAUGAAUCAGAUACGGCACAAAAACCGGAUUAACGUGCAUGGGGCAGACAUCCCAGAUCCCGUCUGCAAUUUUGAGGAGCUGCAGAAUGAGUACGAUCUGGACCCACGAGUCAUUCAGAACAUUAAGGCAGCUGGUUUUCAAACCCCCACACCCAUUCAGAUGCAGGCCGUUCCUCUCAUGAUGCAUGGGAGAGAGAUCCUGGCAUGCGCUCCUACGGGCUCUGGUAAGACUAUGGCCUUCUGCCUGCCCCUGCUUGCCCACCUUCGCCAGCCCCUCAAUAAGGGCUUCAGAGCCCUCAUCAUCUCCCCUACCAGAGAACUUGCCAGUCAGACCCACAGAGAAUUGCUCAAGCUGUCUGAGGGAGUGGGCUUCAGAGUUCACAUUAUCAAUAAAGGAGUUGACGCAGUUAAAAAAUACGGUCCCAAAUCGGCAAAGAAAUUUGAUAUAUUGGUUACCACUCCAAAUAGAUUGAUAUACUUACUGAAUCAAGACCCUCCUGCUGUCGACUUAAAAAGUGUUGAAUGGCUGGUGGUAGAUGAAUCAGACAAGCUCUUUGAGGAAGGCAAGACAGGUUUCAGGGAGCAGCUUGCCACCAUCUUUCUAGCCUGCUCCUCUCCCAAAAUCCGCCGGGCUCUUUUCAGUGCCACCUUCGCCACAGAUGUAGAGCAGUGGUGCCAGCUGAACCUAGACAAUCUCGUCUCUGUUAACAUUGGACCAAGGAACUCUGCUGCUGAGACAGUGGAGCAGGAACUGCUUUUUGUGGGCUCAGAGAACGGAAAACUGCUGGCUAUGAGAAACCUUAUAAAGAAGGGAUUUCUGCCACCUGUGUUGGUGUUUGUGCAAUCUAUUGAGCGUGCCCGAGAGCUGUUCCAUGAACUGGUUUAUGAGGGAAUAAACGUGGAUGUGAUCCAUGCAGAUCGCACGCAACAGCAGAGGGACAAUGUUGUCAGUAGUUUCCGUUCAGGGAAGAUCUGGGUGCUGAUCUGCACGGCUCUCCUGGCUCGUGGAAUUGACUUCAAGGGUGUCAACCUGGUCAUCAACUACGACUUCCCUACCUCUGCUGUAGAAUACAUCCACCGGAUCGGGCGCACAGGAAGAGCAGGGCACAAAGGAAAGGCAAUAACUUUUUUCACAGAGGAUGACAAACCUCUCCUACGCAGCGUUGCCAAUGUCAUAAAGCAAGCUGGAUGUCCAGUUCCUGACUACAUGAUGGGAUUCAAGAAAAUCAAGGGGAAAGUUAAACGACAGCUUGCAAAAAAGCCACCAAGACGGUCAACAAUUCGUACAACUCCUCGUUUUCUCAUGAAGAAAAAGCCUUUCAAGGGAAAAAGGAAAAAAGGAAAAUCAGCCACAAAAGCAAGUGGAGAUACAUCAGAAAUCAGUUCAAAGAGUUGAGAUUCAAGCGCGUUGUACAGACUGCUUAUUUCCUCUUACUAAUGUUAUUGUCUCUAAUAAACAAAAAUGUAACCA